CUGCCUGUCUCUGCCUGCCAAGAUCGAUGCAUCCUUUUCCGCCCAUAUAAUGCCACACGGCCACACCCCAUCAAGCACGGAGAGAUACUGUCAUACUUCGAGCGAUCCGUGCCCUGAGCUGCACACACGCACGCUCUGUGCUCCCUCCCGACCUGCUCGCGCCUCCGCUCGCCACUGUGCUGCCGCUGUCGUUGCCCCCCGGCGUCUUCCUCCUACAAGCGGAGGCUCGCGGCGAAUCGUGAGAUUUUUCUUGGCCCGCAUGGACUGGGCCGCAGCUCCCGAAGCGGCGUCUUGGGGCGUAGCAGCGGAGGCGGUUGCCGACCCUGGUCCGACCAUGCUGUCCUUCGCCAGUCCGUCGUUCUCCUCCUCUGCCGCCGUGGCGGCGCAGCUGCAAGACCGCUCUAGGCCAGCGUCGGUAACAGCGAGGAGGGACCGCGCGCCUGGCAGCGCUGCCGGCACGGUGGCAUGCUCGGUGGAUGGGUGCCGGUCGGACCUCAGCCGGUGCCGCGAGUACCACCGGCGGCACAAGGUCUGCGAGGCGCACUCCAAGACGCCGGUCGUCGUCGUCGCGGGCCAGGAGAAGCGGUUUUGCCAGCAAUGCAGCAGGUUUCACAUGCUGGCCGAGUUUGACGAGGGGAAGAGAAGUUGCAGAAAACGCCUAGAUGGCCAUAACAGGCGUAGAAGAAAGCCACAGUAUGAUGCAAUGAACCCCAGCAGUUUCUUUCCAUAUCACCAAGUGAAUAAAUUUUCUGUCUACCCGCGAACAUUUCCUAUAGCAGAUCCAAAUGCGGGGGCCUCAAUGCACCCGCUCGAGCAUCAUCGACCCUUCUCCAUCUCAUUCUCGGGAACCACCAAAGCACCGAAGCACUUCCCAUUCUUGCAGGAUGGCAGCAGCAUCUACAGUACGGCCAGCCCUACUCUUCCGCAGCCCUUCUCUUCUCGUGAAGAUGGCAACAACACCAGCAGCAGCACAUGCAAUGGUCUCUCCAGCGCACUGGACCCUGAGUGUGCUCUCUCUCUUCUGUCAUCCUCGCUGCACCUCUCCCCCAUCAGCAUUCCCAGUGCAACAGUUCCAGCGCAGUUUGCUUCUUCGCUUGCUAGGACUGCUGUUGACUCGCAAGCUGCAACCAUUGCAUUUGCAUCAGGUGGAGAUUGUGGUGGUGGCGGCGGCCAUGUGUUGGUUGCUGAUGCUAUGCUUGAAGACCCUUCACAGGGACUGCCCUUCUGCUGGCAGGUGUAGAUCAAGGUUGUGAUUUGCUCUGUUUCCCUUAUGCUGCUGAGUGCUCAGUUGCAAGGCUUUUUGGUGCUUGUGCACCUGUAGUAUCAAGUUGAUGUAAAUUGUACACGAUUAACAAUACAAGUCCUCUCUGGUUGAUGGCUGUUGUGCA